GAAGAGCAGAAGAGAAGACUGCGCUGCAUCACCUGCCCCUUGGACUGGCAGAGCACACAGCUGGCACUGUGACCAGGCAGUGCACUCAGCUAUUUGGAGAUUGAUAUAGAACUGGAAGAUGUCGGAAUUCUGGUUAAUUUCUGUCCCCGGGGAUAAAACCAAUCUGACAGCCCUGGAGAGAAUGAAUACCGUGACAACCAAAGCCAGCCUGUCCGCCAAUUCAAAAUUUGUAAUACCCGAUCUGAAGGUGGGGACCCUGGACGCGUUGAUUGGACUGUCGGAUGAUCUGGGCAAACUGGAUGUCUUUGCUGAAGGUAUUAUCAAGAAGAUUGCUCAGUAUAUAGGAGAAAUCAUGGAUGAUGCUGCAGAGAAAGCCCAGGAAAACCUGCUGGCCAAUGGAGUGGAUCUUCUGAGCUACCUAGCCCGUUUUGAGUGGGACAUGGCUAAAUAUCCUAUAAAACAGCCACUGAAAAUUCUGACAGAUUCGCUAAGCAAGCAAAUGACACAGAUAGACACAGACCUGAAAUUAAGAGCCCAGACCUACAACAAUAUAAAAGGCAACCUGCAGAGCCUGGAGAGAAAAACCGUGGGCAACCUUCUGACCAGAACCCUGGCUGAUAUUGUAAAUAAAGAAGACUUUGUGUUGAACUCGGAAUACCUCAUUACUCUUCUAGUAGUUGUCCCAAAGUCAAGCUACAAUGCAUGGCAAAAAACCUAUGAAUUGCUGUCUGAUAUGGUUGUUCCCCGUUCAACCAAGUUGAUUGCAGAGGACGCAGAAGGAGGUUUAUUUACGGUCACCCUUUUCAGAAAAGUCAUUGAUGAUUUUAAAAUGAAAGCUCGAGAAAACAAGUUCAUGGUGCGGGAGUUUUUCUUCAAUGAGAAAGAGCUGCAGUCUGAAAAAGAUGAAAUCAUUAGGCUGGAGGCGGAUAAGAAGCAGCAGUAUGGCCCUCUCCUGCGCUGGCUGAAAGUAAACUUCAGUGAAGCAUUCAUUGCUUGGACGCAUAUAAAAGCCUUGCGGGUAUUUGUGGAGUCUGUCCUCAGGUAUGGUUUACCGGUGAACUUCCAUGCAAUGAUUUUGCAGCCCAACAAGAAAUCUAUGAAGAGACUGCGAGAUGUGCUAAAUGCCCUUUUCAGACACUUGGAUGAGGCCGCAGCUGCCAACAUGAAGGAUGUCAAUAUGGAUAUCCCCGGCUUACAGCUGAACACACAAGAAUACUACCCCUAUGUCUGCUUCAAGAUUGACCUGACCAGUCUAGACUUUGAGUCUUAGUGCUGGAACAUUCCUGCAGAAGGUGUAAUAGUAAACUCCGGUCCCCAUCAGACCAGUUACACUGUUAUCACUGCCUGUUAUAGAAUCAAUGGACCCCGUCAUGCUCUGAGCUACAAUCACUAUGUCAAGCCAGUAAUAUGUGAUCAAGCCAUUGUCCAUUAUGCAGACAUUACUGCAUAGUAUUUAUAUGUAAAUUAUGUUUUAGAAUAUUUGUCCGAGACUGCACUUGAUGGGCAUUUGGCUAGCUAACUAUGUAUGUAAAAUGUACAGUUUAUGUGUAACAUGUGCUGAAUGAUAACACCGCAACAGGUUCAUGUGUAUAAUGCUAUGUUAGAACUUCUUGGUCAUGCUAAAGCCAUGCUAGUUUCCUUUUAGAUGUUCAGCAAUACAGUUAUGAUGCAACUA